AUGGUCGAUUCAGAGAUGACGGCGGACGACGUGAACCACACCUGGGUUUGCACGUCAACUGACCUCGUCGAGAAACUCCUCUCGUAUGGCCUAGAUGACAAUUUGGUUACCAGGAUUCUGGACAAUCCUGAACUUUACACCAAACAAGAACACUACGAGCAUUCCUACUUCAUGAAGCGUGUGGUAUGCCACGACGAUGUCAAUACCACGUAUAAACGGCCACGGCAAGGACGUCUCGUUGAUUACAACUGCGCCGAAGCUCUCGAAGUUCUCAGCGGCUUCAUGCAGCGCAAGGCGUUGUCUCUUCGAAGGCAGCGGACGAAGGAACUGCAGUAUUUUCACAACUUGACGCGUGUCCCAAUUGAUGACUCGCAGUAUCCCCAGGCUUCAGAUAGCCUUGCGCUUCUGCUUCUCGAGCUACCCAUUCUUCCUCCUCAAUUUGAGAAACUAAAAGUGGAACGCAGCGUUGUGAUGGGCACCAGUGCGUUCAUGAGCCAUCGGUUUCUCUCGGACUACCCCACCGAAUUUCAUGAUGCAAUACAUGAUAUGGAGUCGCUCCUUUGGGUGGUCUUGCGCCUCGCCCUCACCUGUGAUGGCCCCGGAGGAAGGACUCACGCUGAAGCUUGUGACGAGAUCUCCUGUAAAGCGAAUUUACGCCGCCAUUGGCUCUUCGAAGCCUCCAAGCAGGAAAUCGGGAAGAUCAAGUCGAGGUUGUUCAAAGGGGCCUGCGAGUAUGAUACUCACUGGCAAGUAGUGGAAGACGAAAUCCACCCCUAUGUCCACCCCGAUUUCAAGCCUUUAACCAGGCUCGUCAAUGAUUGGUGGGACAACCUCUGA